AUGACUUUCUCCACGAGCUUCGAUGUCACUUUCAAUACUUACCAUUCAGUUACUGCUGCUGCAUGUUUUGCGAUCACAGUCUUGAUCAUUUCCAAGAUUGUAUACAAUCUUUAUAUCCAUCCACUUGCCGGUUAUCCAGGACCAAAGCUAUGGGCAGUCUCCAGGAUCCCAUACAAUUGGCACACCCUGCGUGGUACCUCAGUAUUCAGGUUCAGAGCCAUGCAUGAACAUUACGGAGAUAUCGUUCGUUACUCUCCUAACGGCUUGUCGUAUACCCAGCCUGAAGCUUGGGAUGAGAUUUAUGGACCAUACAAAGGCAAGAAGCACAUGGAGAUGGAUCCGGGGGUGUUUGGUGGAGGUAUCACUGUAACAGGUGCUGGCCAAAUUACAAACGCUGUCAAUGGCGAGCACAAACGUCUCCGAUCGAGAUUCCUACGGGCAUUAUCUGCGAAGGCACUUGCUUCACAAGAAGGAAUACUGCAGCACUACGCUCAUGAAUUCGUCGACGGUCUGAAUCGGGAACUUCAACACAAACCUGGCGUCGUUGAUCUCGGUAAGUGGUUUACCAUGGCCACAUUCGACCUCAUCGGGGACCUGGCCUUUAGUACAUCCUUCGUCUCAAGACUGGGACAGUGCACCCUUGGAUCCAUGUCGUCUUCGGUGCAUUCAAAGCACUGCCUCUGUUACGAGUCAUUCGAGAGAUUCCGGGCAUCAAACUAUUUGGCAAACAUGCGACUUUCCUGCUUCCGAAGAAAGUUAAGCAGACGUGGAUUGAUCAUUUCAAUUAUGGUGCAGAUUUGGUCGAUAAGCGGUUUGAGAGUGGUGAGGACAGACCUGACUUCGCACAUUACUUGGUCGUGCCAGGCGAGGCACCACUCACUAGAGAUGAGAUCAAGGAGAAUACAGUACAGUUAG